GAUAAUUAUAAUUAUUAUGGUAUUUCCUGGGUGCAGCAUAAAAUUGUGACUAUAGUAGCUGCGAAUAUAACUAAACGUAUGGUAUACAUGUACAUGUAGCCCUUAGGGUGUGGCAGGUUCUUAAUGUUUUACAUUUUUCUAGUAACUUGAAUAUAAAGUUGUACAUGUACAUGUAUGUGUGUAGGCAAAGAGGGGAGCAUAAGAAGUGCCCCUGAUCCACGUACAGCACAGUUGACUUUAUUGUUGGAGAUUAAGAAGAAAUAGUUUUAAAAUUACAUGUACAAUGUACAAUGUACAUGUAGGUACUAGGUAGAUUUUAGAAAUACAUGUAGAUAGGUAGUCUUGCAUAGCCAGACAUGUGACUUCAAUAACUUUGUGAUCUAUUAACACAUUUACAUGUACAUACAAGCAAGCACAUUUUAAUCAUAACUUGCUAUAGCAUGAUUGUGCAAUACAGAGACAUUAAAAGCUGACACUUUGCGAAAGAAAUUAUUUCAUCUUCAUCUUGGGCCUUGGCGGUUGGUAUCUCCUCACUCCUCUUCUCUCUUCUGCUACUCAAAUACCAGGAACUGUAACUCAUUCAACCACUAGUCUAUAGUAUCACACUAUUGAUGGAUUCUCUCCCAGUUCCUCUUCUGAUCCAGUGUCUCCUGUAUUUAAUAGGCAACUUGUUUGAUGAUGAUGAUAAACCUAUUCCUGGACUAGCAUUACUACCUCGUUCUAUUCGUAUCAAACUCCUCCUCCUUCUACCAGCAGUAGAUGUACAUAAGUUGGAAGGUACAUCAGUUACUGCUGAUAUAUUAAUGGAUGAGAUAUGGGAGACACUUUACAAGGAAAGGAAUCACAAUCGGCGACUGGAUAAGCACAAUUCUCUAUUUUCUUGCAAAGAUUUAUACUUUAGUGAAGCAAUGGUGAACCUAAAAAACAAUUACCUGAUGUUUUAUGAAGCUAAUAAAGAAUUGUCUGUCUACUUCACUCAUGUUAAGGAAUCAGUCUAUAAUAAUUACAAGAUAGCAACUUUUCACAACGUUAUUCGGGCACGAAACAAGCAUCAAUUAUUCAUAACUACCAAAACUUUCAAAAGUAAAGCAAGUAUAGACUAUUAUCAUUAUGAUCCUUUAGAGGCUUUAGCUCUCACAAUGAUUGACUUAAACAUUUCUCUGAAAAUUGUCACUAAUUUUUUACUUGAACUUGAUCAUGACAUUCUCAUAAAGCUAACACAGUCAGCUGAGGCAAUCCAUUGGAUUGGGAGUUGGGGUACUGACAUUGAAAAAUUUUUCAAAAUCAUAUUCAUAGAGAAUCAGUGUCGCAUUAUAUCAUGUAUAUGUGAAGAAGAUCCACCUUUAUUACUACUGGACCAUCUUCAACAGCAGUGUGACCUAUUAAAUGUGAAUGCAUACUUUACCAGUGAAGAUGCUGGAAAGUUUCAAGAAGUUGUAAAACGUCAUAAAAAUUUAGAAGUGGUCUCAAUUACAUGUAGGUUUGAAACUUAUGACUUUAUUCAAUGUUUAUCAGAGCUUAUGUAUCGACCAUGUUUCAAGCAAUUGCAUAUCAAAGUCUACUCGUGUACAGAUACCCCUGGUACAUCAUCCACUUCAUUUAAUGGUGUCCAUUCCUUACUGUCUGCAUUCUUCCUCUCUCCUUAUCCUGUGACACUGAGAUUAGAGGUCUAUGAUCUUACUGUUUCAUAUCCUACACCAGUACCACCUCUAGCUAUCAAUACUGAACAAGAAUCAAAAUCACUUGAUCUAUCUCUACAUGGGUUUCAUUGUUAUCGUAUUUGGGAGUCUAGUUUUCUUCCUGAGUACAUUGUAUUGAAAUCAUUGAACAUUAGGAGCAAUGAUACAUUUUGUUUAUUUUCUAAAGUGAAAUCAAUCAAAGUAGAUGAGAUCACUAUUAGUAUUAACACUUGCAAUACUAUUUCAUUUCCAAGUUCACGAUAUAAAUCAUUUCUUGAGAUAAUCUUUAAUUCACUGUCACCAACUAAACUACCUUACCUUCAAUUGAUAGUGGAGUACAAUAGAGAUGAUCCUUCACCAAUAUUGUAUGAUACUUGGAAGAGAUGUGGUGCCAUCAAACUGAAGAAAGCUGUGAUAGUUGAGAAGUAUGGCCAGGAAAAGGAAAAGUAUCUUGAAGAGAUGAUGUUAAUCAAUUAACUAUUGUUUCCCUUGUUGAGUUUAUUAUUGCUAAUUAGUUAUUGAACACACACACACAUAGAAUUAAUCUCAACACUUGUCUCAUUAUUUACUAAUUAUUAAUUGAGACCUGCUCUUGCUUAUUUCAUUAAAAGUAUUAAAAUGACAAUAAAACUUGAAUAUCCUCCAAUAACAUUAUUCCAUUAACAUUAUACAUGUUAUUAUGAGUCUCCUUUACAAUCAGUUGCUGUGUUCAUUAUUGUUAGAUCUGUACAUUAA